UGGAGGUUCAGUGCUCCACACAACGAGAGAGAGACAGUGGAGGAGGAGGAGGGAGAGGCUGAAUCACAGGGACAGAGAGCUGGAGUGUGUGAGAGGCUUUGUGCUUAAUGUGUGCUUCUCAGGAGAAUGAAUGAUGAGAGGACUCCACUUUCUUCUUCACUGGAGGAUUUUUAAUUGGAUUGUACUUCAGCACUUCCAUACUGGAUUGUUUUCCUGUUAUCAACCUCUGUCUGCACAACAGCUGUAUGGUCCAUAACAGUGCAAAUGCAGUGUGUGUCUAUGCUCUCAGCUGCUUGUCUCACCACGCCUGAGGUCUUGCCACAGGGAAGACUUCCGCCUGUCAUCUUCACUGAAGUGUAGUUUCCCAGUCCAGGACAUGGUUUCCUGAGUGGCCCUACCACCUACACAUCACAAGGGGUAAAACCAGUCAAUCCUGGGCCAUGACUGCUCUGCUUCCCAACGUCAGUGUUCCCGGGGGUACAGCAGUGCUGCUGCCGACUACAGACGGUCCGUUUAACCUGACUGCAGCUACUCAGGCGGGACUGAGUUCAGGCCAGUCGCUGGCUCCUCUCUGCACCCUCUGCUGUUGUGGAUUUCUUAAUCGUACUUUGGCAGUGGUGUUCAUGGUCAGCCUGGCGUUUGCCAUCGUGGUUGGAAAUGUGGUCACCCUUACUGUCUUUGUGCAAACGAGACAGUCCCGAACACCACAGGGAUACCUGAAAGUGUCUCUGGCCAUAGCAGACAUGAUGGUCGGUGUCCUCGUGGUCCCUUUCUCCGUCUACACCGAGAUCUCUCUGAUGGUGACCAGCACACCUCCUGUUUGGUACCAGGGUAGUUCUUCUUCCCCGGCCACCUCCUCUCCUCUCGGGGGACUGGUGAGCCCGUGGCAGCCCUGCAUGCUGAUUGGCCCCGUGUUUGCUGGAUGCACCUUUGUCUCCAUCAGCACCAUCUUCCUCAUGACGCUGGAGCGAAGCGUGGCCAUCCUACGGCCACUCCACAAGGACGCCUUGGUGACCCGGAGACGAACGCUGCUCCUCAUCCUGCUCUCCUGGGCUGCCAGCUUCCUGCUGGCUCUUGCGCCCCUCAUCUUCAGCAGCAACUUCACUCUGGAGUACAAUGAGUGCAGUCGUAUGUGCAACUACACCCCGCUGUUGUUUGGAGGCCAGCUGCCACCUGACGCCAACAUUUUGUUGUUGUUCCCAGCAUUUGACUUCACGCUGCUCGGUGGCACAUUAGCAGUAAACAUUGUGUCUUUCACCAGCAUCCGACGGUACUCCCGAAAACGCAAACUGCUGUCAGAGGGGAGUCUGAGUGACGGAGGGGGAGGAGGAGGAGGAGGGGGAGGAGGGUGCUCUCACAGGCCCUCCUUUUCAGACAUCAAAGCUGCCAAGACAAUUGGCAUACUGACAUUUGCCUUCACAGCAUCCUUCUCUCCCAUCGCAGUGUUUGUGCUCGGGAACGUGGUGGGAUACACCUGGUGUAACUUUUCCUUUUUUGCCUUCUGGAUCCUGACAAGUAACAGUUGCUGUAAUGUCAUUAUCUACAGUGUCAGGGACCACCGCUUCAGGAAGGGUGUGACCCUGCUGUUUCAGCGAGACCAUUCCCCCCCACAUGGCGAGAAGUCCUGAAGGCUAUGUGAUUUUAUCAGCAAUGAGUGCAUGUUCUGUGGCUGCUUUCCAGUACAUUUGAUUUUUAAAAGAAGCGUUUGACAUUUUGGGAGAUAUGUACAUUCACUUUUUUGCUGAGAGGAUAGACACCACUUCUGUAAAUAUGUAGCUGGAGCCUGGAUCUGGGUAGCUUAGCAUACUAAUUGACAACAGGGGGAUACAUUUAGUCUAGCACCAAUCAUCUGGUGGUGAUAAAGCCUCUGUAGGCAACAGCCUACAAUUUGUCUCAAUUUGAGACAGGUCCAGACAACAUUUCGGCUCACCUUAUAAACAGAUAUCUGCAAACAAAUUAGGGCUGCCCCCGACUAAGAAUUUUCCUAGUCGACCAAUAGUCGUCAUUUAGGGCCAUUAGUCGACUAGUCUCCCGCAUGUCUACAGUAUUAUUUUAAUUAUAAAUUAUAUAUUUUAGGCCUAUAUUUUAUCUACAAGUGCAUGUCACACACUGAGCGAGCCGCCUGUUAAUGACGCUGUCGGCAAAGCAGUAAUGACUGUGCUAAGUGGCUAAUUCAAAUUAAAUUCACACAUGGUCCAGUCAAAGGUUUUAUUUAUUUUGACAUUUAAAAAAAAUUCUGCAACUAAGCGACCAAUGAAAUCUUGGGCCAGGCUACCUUGCUUCCCCCUGCUUCCAGUCUUCAUGCUAAGCUAAGUUAACCAUUUCCUGGCUAGAACGUCAUAUUUACCACAUUAACACUCCAUCCAUGAGAGUGGUGUCGAUCUUCUCAUCCAACUCUUGGCAACAAAGUGCAUGUUCCAGCUGUCAAAUUAUUAUUAUUAUUUGCAUUUCUUUGCUACUGAGGACUGUAAAUGGAAGCCAGAUUGAAAAUCUUUGACCUCCAUCUUAAUUUGUCUUUGUACAAUUUGACGCCUUCCUCUAUCGCUAAACCUCUUUCCUGAAGCUUUACAUACUGUAAGAGGGCUUUUAUGAGUCUUUCUAUAACUUCAGGAACUAAACCUACUGUAUCUCCAGGAGCAGCACUGACGACCACAAUAACAACACAGUUUAAGGUUUUUUAUGUAUUAAUUUACAAGGAGUGUUGUGUGUGUGUUUAGAAAUCUUGCCACUGCCUCCUCUCUGGGGAACAGCUCAUAUCAUAGAUUUGAUUCUGUUGUGGUGUAUACAUUUAUUUUUAAGCAUCUAAUUUCAAUCUAUUGUAAUAAUAAUCUGCCUCAAGUAACAGACAUGCACUUUAUUAGUUACAGUGUGAGACAUUUGACGUUUAUUUUUAGCGUUUUAUAAUACUGGUUAUUUCUGUUGAAGCAAAUGUGAAUGAAAGAAUGAUCUGUAUAUUUAUUAAAUCAGUCUAGACUAAAUGAAUGGGACGCCAACCACAGAGAUUUAGAAUAAAGAGCAUUAUGAUUAUAGCAGACCCUCAUACUGUGCAGGCCUGUCUUUUCAGGGUAUAAUGUACUUGUAACAUAGAAGGAUCUCACCAGUGUGUCAGCGAAAAGUCUUGUGUAUUGUUUGGAAUUCUGUAUUGUACAAUUUGACAAUAAAAUAAUAUAUAUAAAAGAGGUUAAAUAGCA